AUGUUCACUGAAUUCAGCUUGUCUCUUAAGAACAUUAAGAAACUGGUUGGCCAAGAGGAUAAGAUGGGCAACUAAAGUUAAAUCACCAAUGGAGGUCUCCAUGUCAGUGACUAUACAGAUAAAGAGAAGAGUAGAAAUUACAUUCAAAAUGCAAAUGUUUAGAGCUCACUUGACAUUAAUAAAAAUUCAAAGCAGUAAAUUGCCUUAAGUUCUCAAACAUCUAGCAAGAUGACCACAAAUUAAUCAACUCAAAAUUUGCAAAAUAAUAAUUAAUAAAGGACUGAAUACUAUGAUGGUGCAGCUAAUAAUAUAUUUACAAAUCAGUAUCAAAAUAAUGAAAAAAAUAGCAAUUCAAUCGGCAAUAACAAUUCAAGUGUAAUCACUAAUAACUCACCUACAAAGAUGGACUCUCUUCAUACUGUUUUGGUUAAAUAACAAUAAUGGUCAGCUUCAAAAGAGAAGUAAGUCAAAGAGCUGGCUUAGGAUCAAAUUAGACGAGGAUUAAUUAUUCCCAAUACAAUUUAAAGUGGUUAAUAUGAUGUUUAGCAAUAUAAGAGCAGAGGAAAUUCACUCACUCAUAGAAGUGCUGGUCACUCAGCUUCUGUUAAAAAGACUAUUAUAGAUUCAAAUUAAAAAAGUGAAUUAAGAUAAAAAAUCAAUGAUAUGGCAGGUGGAAAUUAUCUUGCUGAAACUGAAAGAUAUAGUGAGACUAAAAGAAACCUUAUGAAAUCAUUUUCAUAGAAAAGUAUUGAAAACUUUAAGUUCCCAGGAUAGAAAAUAGAAAAACAGGAUUCAACUUAGAAAAUACUUCUAGAAAUGCACAAAGAGGAUAAGCAACGUCAAUAUGAAUAAGCUUACAAAAGCAGUAAGAAUGCUAUGCAAGAUACAAAAUUCUCAACUGGAGAUAGUAAAACAAAAGUUGCUUUUAGAAUAAGAUCAGGAAAUCGUACUGGUAGUCAUAGAAGAGCCUUACAAGCUCAUUCAAAGUUAGAAGAAGAAAAAGCUGCUUCAUAGGUAGCUAAGCAUUUAAGAAAAACACCAGCUCCAGAUGUUGCUUAAAAUCAAAUAAAAAGGAUAUAAUCUGCUUAUAAUCAGCGAUAACUUUGUUAACAGCCCUUAUUUCUAAGUCAGGAUGGAACGAACUUAAAAACUACAGAUUCAGAUACAGAUGAUCCUAAAUAUGAAAUAUAAAGAAUAGCUCAACUUGGAAAAUAACAGUCAGAAAGUCAUAGCCAACAAUUCUAGUCAUUUAAUUUGCAAUAAACAACAAAUAAAUUAUUUACAAUAGCUGGAAUGUAGAACUCUCAAAGAAGCUAGUAGUUCAACAUUAGAUCAAUUAAUUAAACUGGGAAAAUUGGUAUAUAGCAUGCUAAAAGUGGAAGUGUUUUAUCAACACUCCCAAUAAAGCCCUUUUAAAGAAAAAGCUCUAUAAAAUAACCUGAAAGAGUCUAAACACCAGCAGCUGCCUAUACUAACACAGCAAGAAUUGAAUUUCCUCCUGGGACAGGGCCUAAUUAAAUUUUAGUUGAAGGAGUAAAGCAAAAGCUAUUAGCAUGCUUAUAUGAAGCUAAAUGUAAAGAUUUAUAGUUGAAGGCUUACAAAGAAUAAGAAAAACGAUUCUUUGAGUUCUGUUAAAAGACAAUCAGCAAUAGAAAAAUCAUAAUGAGGGAGUGUGGCCUAGGAGAAGCUUCAGCUACAGUUUUAUCUCAAAUAAUAACAGGGGAUUAUUUCAGUCAUCUCGAUCUUGGAAAGAAUAAUCUAGGAAAUGCUGGAUUGGUAGCAUUAUUAAAGGGGAUAAAAUAAAACUGCUCAUUAAUUCACCUUGAUUUAGGUAGCAAUGAUAUAACUUUUGAAGGAGCUGCAAAAUUGUUUAAAUCUUUGGAAACUCAUUUAACAUUAUCCUCUCUUACCUUGGCUAAUCAUGAUAGACUUCAUAGAAACAGAAUGGGAUUUAAAGCUUGCGAAGCUUUGAAUGAACUUUUGAAAAAGAAUAAAAUACUUUCAAUGAUAAACAUAUCUGAUAAUGCUAUUUCAAAUGAAGGGCUAAAGAUAAUAUCUAAUGGAGCUUUUACAUUAGAAAGUAAUCUUGUGGGUAUAAAUAUGUCAAAUAAUGAUUUACAAGGAUCACAAGCUAUUCAGUGCUUCUCUGAGAUAAUAAGUCUGAGUAAAUCAUUGCUGGAACUGAAUCUUAGUGAUAAUUUGAUAGGUGAUUAAGGUAUAGAUGAAUUCACUAAGUUAUUCACUUAAAACGCUAGCAGAUUAAUGAGACUUCAUCUUGGAAAUAUCAAUGCCUCAGCUUAAAGUGUAGGUAGGAUGUUUUUUGCCUUAAAAUCAAAUAAUUUUAUGACUCAUCUAUCUCUGGAUAGUAAUGACAUGAGUCACUAAUGUUUUGAUUAAAUAUCUCUUCUAUUAUGGAAUAAUAGAAAGCUUUAAUCUUUAGAAUUCAAAUCUUGCAACAUAUCAAAUUACGGAUGUGAGGCCAUCAUCGAAGGAAUGAGCAAAAAUACAACAUUAAAAUACCUAGACUUAACUUCAAAUAAAUUCAACUCAAAUGCAAUGAGAAAAUGGCUUGAUAUUUUGGGAAGAACUGGCUUAUUACAUUUAGAUCUUAGCAAUAAUAAUAUAGAUGAUGAUGGAGUUUAGUAUAUUGUAAAGGGGCUAGGGGUUCACUAAGAAAACAAGAAAUGUCCAACAAUGACUUUCUUAGGUCUUAAAAAUGUUAAUAUGAAAGAUGCUGGUGGCUCAGCUUUAAGCUAAAUGAUGAGUUCAAACACCCAAAUAGUUAAAUUAAUUACUGAUUCAAACACUGUAAGUCAUAAAUACAUAGAGGAAAUCUAAGCUGCAUGUCUUAGAAACAAAUAGAUCUAAAAGCAAAACACUGUUCCUAAAUUUAAAGAUGAAUUAGGCCAUUUAAUAUAGAUAACAUAAGAGUAAACAAAGAAAAAUUAAAUCGAUUCAACUCUUGAACUACCUAUGAAACUUUAAGAGAAAAGAAUGAACUGCAUCAGAAAAAUAAAGACUUUACAUGUGGAAAAGGGAGAAAGAGUUAAAGAGAUAUUUGAAGGAGAAGAUAUUAUACAGGAUCUCUAAGAUUAGGAAGAGGAAAUGUAUAGAGAGUUUAGAUUAAUCAAAGAAUAAAAUGAGAGAGUUCUCGGCAAUCUAGAUGAAAGAAUAACAAAGUUUUAAAAGAAAGAGUUAAACAAAGAACUCUGGAUUCAAGAAUAGCUUGACAAUAUAGACAAGAGAAUGGAUUAUGUGAAAUUGAAAAAUCGAAGAGUUCAAGUAUAAAUUGAUCAUGAAUAAGCAAAGAUUAAUAAAGAGCAGGAUAAAUAUAAAGACUAUGUAUUUGAGUUGUAAUAGCAAUUAGAGGAAGCUGAAAAAGAGGCAAGAAUGGCCUAAGUGCUUCAUAAAACAUAUGUAGACCAGCUCGAAAGAGAAAAAAAUAAGAUGAUUGAAGAAGCUCGUAAGAAUAACAGUCACUUAAGUGAAGAUAACAAAGACAUCCUCUUACACCAUCAUAAUACUUAUGAUAACUAAAGUUUGGAGGAGAUUAAAGAACUCAUCAUCCGAAAUAAUGAGGGAAAGAUUUGUAAGAGAAAGGGCUCAAAAUCAACAAAUAGAAAAAAGAAAAGUAGCAAAGCAUUGAAAACUUUGGGAGAUAAGUCUAAAAAGAAAGUUAAAGAUGACAAUGAUGCUUAUCGUGGACCAUAAAAUGAUGCCUUUUCUAGUGCUAAUUCAACCAAAAGAAACAAAAAGCCACCAAUUAAAUGA